AGCAGCUCUAUCGCAGACCCCAAACAGGCUGACAGUCGGCCUCACUUGCCAUCCCUGCAAGAGAGGCACUUCAUGCCUUGCAGUUUAUGCAUCAGAAAUUAUUUCAAAUUCAACUUUGACGAUUUCGAUCCUGACACUCCCAUAUUAACCUUCCCGAAGUUUAAACCCUUUGAUCCGAAAGAGCCACUGACUCCCGAGGAGUGCGAAGAUUAUCACAGCAAGACAGUGAUGUUCGUAAUUGUAAAUCGACCUGUUUAUACUAGUCGCGCCCUGGUUUUACGCAUGAUUUUGCUGCCUUCUUGCAUUAGAUAGGCAAUCGUAGUAAGCAUCAUGAGAACACUUUUUCAUCAGAUUCAGUUGUGAUAGAACAUGUGAAGCAGAUGAACAAUCAAGUAAGAGCAUGCUCUGCUGUGAUAAGAAAGACGCGCAGUGCUGUUGCGUGGAGUUGGAAAUCCCGAGCAAGGCCGUGGAGAUUUCGAUGAUGCGAGAUCUGGCGGUGGACUGCAUUGGUUGUGAGG